AUUGUAUCCUCUCUCCUCCCUUUCUCCCACAAUGUCGUCAUCAUUACCCCCAGGCCAACCACCCAACAACAACGAAAAACUAGGUGGUCAGGACUCGUCAGCUCCCGCCGACCCAACUCAACCCGAUGUCGUGAUGGACAUAACACCUGAUCCACCUGCGGAGGAGACAUGGGCAGAUAUUCCUCAGGAAGUGAUGGAGCUAGACACAAACGAAAUCAUGACGAGAGUGCGGUUGAUUGACAAUGAUAUCAAGGUCAUGAAAUCAGAAACGCUGCGGUUACAACAUGAGCAGAAUGUCAUGAAAGAGAAGAUUCGAGAUAACGGAGAGAAGAUCAAGCAGAAUAAGGUUCUGCCGUACCUUGUUGCCAAUGUUGUCGAGAUCUUAGAUAUCGAUCCCGAAGGAGAGGAAGACGGUGCAAAUCAAGAUCUAGACUCUAUGCGUAAGGGCAAAACUGCUGUGAUCAAGACUUCGACGCGACAAACCGUAUUUCUUCCCCUCAUUGGUCUCGUCCCUCCGGAGAAGCUGCGACCGGACGAUCUCAUUGGUGUCAACAAAGACUCGUAUCUUAUUCUCGACACCUUGCCCACGGAAUACGACUCUCGAGUGAAAGCUAUGGAAGUAGAUGAGAAACCGACAGAGACGUAUACGGACAUCGGUGGGCUGGAGAAGCAGAUUGAGGAGCUUGUUGAAGCAAUUGUGCUACCUAUGGAACAAGCGGAGAAGUUCGUGACUCUGGGAAUUAAGCCACCCAAGGGCUGCCUCAUGUACGGACCACCAGGGACUGGAAAGACUUUGUUGGCCCGUGCCUGCGCCGCGCAGACAAAUGCGUGUUAUCUCAAACUUGCUGGCCCAUCACUGGUGCAAAUGUUCAUCGGUGAUGGUGCCAAGCUCGUUCGGGAUGCGUUCGAACUUGCGAAGGAGAAGGCCCCUGCCAUCAUCUUCAUCGACGAAUUGGACGCCAUUGGCACCAAGAGAUUCGACUCAGAGAAGAGCGGUGACCGUGAAGUCCAGAGAACGAUGCUAGAACUUUUGAACCAGCUUGACGGCUUCAGCAGUGAUGAACGAAUCAAAGUUAUCGCUGCAACGAAUAGGAUCGACAUCCUUGACCCUGCUUUGCUUCGUUCAGGACGACUUGACCGCAAGAUCGAAUUCCCAUUACCGAAUGAGACCGCGCGCGCGCGCAUCCUCGAAAUCCAUUCACGCAAGAUGACUGUUGGACCUGACGUUAAUUACGAAGAGAUCGCACGGAGUACGGACGAGUUCAACGGUGCCCAGUUGAAGGCAGUCUGUGUAGAAGCUGGUAUGAUUGCUCUCCGAGAGGGUGCGAGGAAACUUGGCCAUGAACAUUUCCUGAGUGGUAUCGCAGAAGUUCAAAGCAAGAAGAAGAACGCUUUGAUAUACUUCGCGUAGUCUAGUCGUCUAUCCCCUUGUAACGCAUCAGUUCUAUCAUUUUACUUCCUUCGCUCAG